UCCUUUCUGCGAUAAAGAGAUUCUUGGACAGGGAAACGUACAAGUCCAUCCUGUGAAAAUAGAUCGCUUAGAGUCUUCCAUUCGUGAUAGUUAGCUUUUGGCCUUCACUUUCUUUGUCUGGACCUGGGCGGAGAAGUUUUUAUCUGCUUAGCUGCCUCUUUCAGCAGGUUGCAGUCUGCUAUGUGAUGCGCUUCCUUCGCUUUGGAAUGCAAGGAAAACAAAUACUCCUGGCGGCCGCUGUGGCUGUGACAGUCCUGUUCACUUUCUAUGCCGUCAUCAGCAGCAGGAUAGAAGAGUUGGAGAAGACAAAGAACAGACUAGAGCAAGCUGUUGCUAAACUCCAAGUGGACAGAGUCAGCUGGGGACAGUUUAAGAAACAGACAGAUGUAGAAAACGCUGAUGUUGAUAUGGCUGUGGCUGAUAGUGAUGACCUGGUGGUGAUUUACAACCGAGUUCCAAAGACUGGCAGUACGUCGUUUGCAGGAGUAGCAUACAGUCUGUGCUCUAGGAAUAAAUACCAUGUUUUACACCUCAAUGUCAGCAAGAAUAGUCACACUAUGUCCCUCGCAGACCAGUUGAGGUUUGUGAAGAACAUCACUCGCUGGAACAGCAUGAAGCCUGCCUUGUACCAUGGCCACCUGGCUUAUCUGGAGUUUGGCAGGUUUGGUAUAAGAGACCGCCCUGUGUACAUCAACAUAAUUCGAGAUCCUCUGGACAGGUUGAUUUCUUACUACUACUUCAUGAGGUUUGGAGAUGAUUUUAGACCUCACCUGAAGAGGAGGAAACAAGGGGAUAAGGAGACAUUUGACCAGUGUGUGGCCAAGGAUGGCAAUGAUUGUGAUCCUGUCAACUUGUGGUUACAGAUUCCUUUCUUCUGUGGACAUGCAGCAGAGUGUUGGGUCCCUGGCAAUGAGUGGGCUCUCCAGAUGGCCAAGUACAAUCUAGUUAACAAUUACCUGGUCGUAGGCAUUACAGAAGAACUGGAGGAGUUUGUGGCGGUGCUGGAGGCCACUCUGCCAAGGAUGUUUAAAGGAGCACUUGAUAUGUUUAUCUCAGGAGAAAAAUCUCAUCUCAGGAAAACGACAAAUAAAAAACCUCCCUCAGAAGAAACAGUGUCUAAAAUACAGGAAUCAAACAUAUGGAAGAUGGAACAUGAUUUUUAUGAAUUUGCUAAGAAACAGUUUCAUUUUAUUAAAAGUAAAUCUUUACAAGGUGACAGUUUAAAACCAUUUAAGCAAUUGUUUUUUUAUGAGAAAAUCAGACCCAGGUGAUCUAAGUGGAGGUAGGACAGAGGGUUUUAGCAAAGUGCUUUGAAACAGGUCAAGUUGGAAGUGGAUGGGUGUAACUGACAUGAUCAGCUAGCAGUUGUCUGGCUAAGGUUUUGACUUAAUUAUUAGAGAGUAUGUAACGAUAAACAAAGAGAAGGGAGGGGUAAGUAAGGAUGUACUGGGGAACUCUGCUGAAGCAUUAUGGAGUAGUAUGUGUAAGAGGGAGUGGGAGAAAAUUGCGGAAGAGGUGAAGUUUAGUAAAGUUUGCAAAGGAGAGUGCAGUGUCAAAAUAGUAACAUCUCACAUAGAGGCAUUUUUCAUUAUAUUUUUAUAUAUAUAUAUAGGACAUUUGUUUUAAAAUGUUCAACGUUUCCACAAAGUGCCCCCUGCAGGUGCACUGAAUGACACUAAAUUUCAGCUGUCACUCUCACGGAUUUAUU